GUCCUCCCAUGCUGCAGGGGGCAGCAGUUCAUCCGCGGGGCCGCUCUGCACGCUGAGCGCUGGGGCUCCCAAGGCAACAAGCUCGGGAAAUUAAUAACAUCCGCCCCAUCUCGAUCAGUAUCAGUUGUUAUCGUUUGAGAAUCCCAUGCGUUUUAUCUUUCUUGUCUAAAAUGGACCGUUUGCAAACAGGAGAUCCACGGUAUCUUAAAAGGAGAGUGAAGGGCUGUUCUCUGGACGUCCACCCGACUGAGAAAGCCCUUGUUGUUCAGUAUGAGGUGGAGGCGACUAUCCUGGGGGAGCUGGGGGACCCUAUGGUUGGAGAACGCAAAGAGUGUCAGAAAAUUAUUCGCCUUAAGAGCUUGAAUGCAAACACAGACACAACCUCUUUAGCUUUGAAAGUGGUGGAGGAAUGUCGGUUGAUUCAUCCGUCUAAACUCUGCGAGGUGGAGCAGCUACUCUUCUAUCUGCAAAACCGCAAACAGCCAAAUGACAACCAAGAGAAGAAACGCAUCUCACCCCGAGACCUCAAACCUUAUACAGGAGUGGAGCUGAACGAGGAGGCGAGCAUCAUCAGCAUCGAUGAGUAUGUGGAGCUGCUGUAUGAGGACAUCCAGGAUAAGAUCAGAGGAGCCACGCUCAUCUUCCAGCUGGCUCGAAACCCAGACAACCUGGAGGAGCUCAUGCAGAACGAGUCAGCCCUUGGAGCCCUGGCCAGAGUCCUGAGGGAGGACUGGAAGCAGAGCGUGGACCUUGCCACAACAAUCAUCUAUGUCUUCUUCUGCUUCUCCAGUUUCUCCCAGUUCCACGGCCUGGUCACGCAUUUCAAGAUUGGGGCCCUUUGUAUGAACAUCAUCGAGCACGAGCUGAAGAGGUAUGACCUCUGGCAAGAUGAGCUGCAGAAGAAGAAGACGGCCUAUGAAGAAUUAUCUGAGAACCAAAAUCUGAAGAAAGAACAUGAGAAGUCUUUAAGAAAAUACCAAAGCCUUCUAAUCAAGCAGGAGCAGCUUCUCAGGGUUGCUCUGUGUCUGCGGCUGAACCUGGCUUAAGGCACGCGCCCGAAAAACAUCGUCCACAUGCUGGUGAAGCUUCUGGACCGGGAGGACGAGGAGCUGCUGCUGGUGGUCGUCUCCUUCCUCAAGAAGCUCUCCAUCUUCCUGGAGAACAAGAAUGACAUGGCUGAGGCGUUUGCUGUCGAGAAGCUGGCUCAGCUGGUUCCCUGCGAGCACGAGGAGCUCCUGAGCACCACCUUACGCCUGCUGCUCAACCUCUCCUUCGACAUGUCGCUGCGCAGCCAGAUGGUCCGGACCGGGCUCAUUCCCAAACUGUCCUCACUGCUCGCUGACGAGGGCCAGAGACAGCUCAGCAUGUGCAUUCUGUACCACAUCAGCAUGGACGACAGAUUCAAGUCCAUGUUUGCCGACACAGACUGCAUACCACAGCUGAUAAAGAUGGUGUUUGACUGUGGGGAGGAGAAGAUUGACGUCGAGCUCAUCUCGCUGUGCAUCAACCUGGCUGCUAACAGGAGUAACGCCCAGCUCAUCUGCGAAGGUGCUGGUCUGAAGAUGCUGAUGAAACGUGCUAUGAAACUGAAGGAUGUUCUGGUGAUGAAGAUGAUCAGGAACCUUUCUCAACACAAUGGACCCACUAAGAGCCUCUUUCUGGACCAUGUCGGAGACCUGGCAGCUCAGAUCAACGAGGGCGAGGCUGAGGAGUUUGUGAUCGAGUGUCUGGGCACGCUGGCCAACCUGACCAUCCCUGACCUGGACUGGGCACUGGUGCUCAAGGAGUACAACCUGGUGCCCUACCUGAAGGACAGACUCAAACCAGGUUCUGCUGAGGACGACCUCGUUCUGGAGGUGGUGAUCCUGAUCGGCACCGUGUCCAUGGAUGCUCUCAUCGAGCUGCUCAAUGCCCAACAGGAGGACGAUGAGUUUGUGUGUCAGAUUGUCUACGUCUUCUACCAGAUGGUUUUCCACAAAGCGACCAGAGAUGUAAUCAUCAAAGACACACAGGCUCCUGCUUACCUCAUCGACCUGAUGCAUGAUAACAACGCAGAGAUCCGUAAAGUCUGUGACAACACACUGGACAUCAUCGCUGAACAUGACGAGGAAUGGAGAAAGAAGAUCCAGACGGAGAAGUUCCGCUGGUACAACAGUCAGUGGCUGGAGAUGGUGGAGAACCGUCAGUUGGACAAAGCAGGAGAGUCCUGCCUUUACGAGGAGGACGGAGAGUCCUUUGUCGGGACCAGAGACAUCCUGGACAGACCUGACCUGUUCUACAGCUCAGAUGGGAUCAUCUCAGUAGACGGCGCCAUCAGUCCUGAGUUCUACACUGACUUCCAGAACGGAGAGCUGGGACAGACUGGAUACCUGGGCAGCACAUCGGACCCCUUUGGCCCAGCGGCUCAGAUGUCAGCAGACCAACAAGUCAGCGCCUACGGCUUCCGCCCCGAUGAACACUUCUUCUACAACUACACCAGUGGCUCCCGGUAAACCUGCGCCUUCUUACACGUACAGUAAGCACUGUCCAGUCACUGCUCCCAGUGCAGUCAUGUCCCAGAUAUCAUGUGUGCUACGGGAGCCAGGUCUAGACGCUGGGGGAAUGUUAUCAACACAGCCUUUUCUGUGUUCAUCUGUGCACUUCGUCCUCACUGUAAAGAACUGUCACCAUCAGUUAGCCUGACUUAAACAACUCGAAAUGUUUAAUUUGAGGUUUCCAGAAUCAGGCUGAAUUUUACUGAUGUUAAAUCACCAAAAUGAAUCUGUUACCUGAACCUACUGACACAGCAGUGUUCGGUUUCAAGAAGAGCAAAUCUUUAGGACUCAAAAUGAAAGUGCAUAACUUAUUCAUUCAGAUUAAUGUCUGGAGUCCUGCAGGCUUGAAACCGUAUAUAUCGAUGUCAGUCUUGGAAACCAUUUUAGUUUGAAUCAGAAGAAUUUGUAAAUAACAUUUUAAUGCUGGCUCUCCUGUGUAACGAGAUUUAAUAGUUUCCUGUUUCACUCGGCAGCUGUUGAUUUAACACUGAACUGCACUCGGAUAUUUCUGAUUUUCAUUUUGCUCAAGUGAACCUUUUUUUUUUUUACCACAGUUUGUCUGUGAUGGCUUACUAACAUUAUUUUGGGCAAGAGAAAACUGAAAAAGUGUGUGUUUUGUAAAACCAGUCUGGUGGUGUUCCCUGUUUUUCUUACUGUCAACAAAUCCCAUGUGCAGAGCCAAACCAACAGUUUCUGACCUCCUCAGUCUGUGGCUCUCAGCUCCAAGGCCCUCGUUUACUACUGAAGGUGUAAACCAUUAAAAACUUCUCACAAAUAGCUGCUCGCUGUGGGGACUAUUUUCAGUGGUGGAUGAAUCCACACUUGGUCUCCAGUGAGUAUCGGUGGCAGCAGGACGGUGUGUGUGGGACUGAAUCAGAGUAAAGACCAGUGUGUGUUCAUGGUGAUGGAGGAACAUGUCAGCCAGUGCAGCAGUGUGGUCACUAAUGGGUUUACUGGUUCCUGGACACAGUGGAGCUCUGCGGCCCAGGAGGAGGAGGGACCCCAGGCUGUUGCUGUUGGUCUGGCUCUCCAUAUGUGAUUUGUUAACAAAAACAAAAUUUGCCACAUGUAUCCUUUAAUGAUAGCGGAAGCUUCUGUAAGCCAGAUCUUGGUCACUGGCUGAAGUAGGUUUGAACUGUUGGUGUGUGUGGCCCUUAUUUCCAAUGAGAAAAGAGUUUGUCCUUUUAAUUGUUUUGUGACCUCUGGGGGUCUCUGUCCUCAUACUGGGAGCUACUGAGUUAUGCAUUAGAUUUAUAGGUUCAAUUACACAAUUGUGCAUUAGGAUAUUUAGGUAAUACUUCAUUUUAUAGGUUCUGGGACAACUGCUAAAAAAUAACUGUCAUUGUGUAAUUUGGUACUUAUCAUAGGUAAAAUACCAUCGACUGUUAGCAAACUUUCAGUGUAACUAAAAUUGAUUGCUAGUAGAAAGCAGGCACCUCAGCAUGUGGAGAGAAGUUUCCAGUAAUAAACAGAUUUACUUGUGUUUAACUGAAGCCUUCUCUUCAAGAAAAUGACUCUGGAAACCAGCAGUUUAUUAUACACUCUAAUAACAGCCUCACAACCUCGUCUCCAUUUUCUGUAGAGGUAAAACCAAUUUAUAGUUUUGUCCAGGAAAUGCUUUAGAACAGGCUUUUUCAAAGUGUGAGGCGCGCCAGAGUACAUCAGGGGAGGCGCGAAACAUUUUUGUAAAGGAGAAGAAAAGAAAGCUAAAUUGCCGCUUGCACGGUUUUGGCUGUCUGUGGCGAGCGAGUUCCCACACCUCUCCAGUAAAGCUGUCAAAGUGCUCAUUCCCUUCACCUCCACCUACGGUGAGUGCGGAUUUUCUGCACUGACCAUGAUUAAAAGCAAGCACUGCUCAAGGCUACAGGUAGAGGAUGAUUUACGUUUGUUCCUCUCUUCAGCGCAUCCCCGUAUCAGCCGCCUAUGCGCAUCAAAGACACAAACUCAUUGUUCCCACUGAAAUAGAGGUGAGCUUCCCCACUAACUUUCAUGCAAAUGUUAAUGUGUUAAAUGUGUUGAAAUGUUAAAAGGUGUUAAACAUGUUCAUAAAAUUGCAGCAACUCCUGCUAAAAGUUUAUACGUAAUUUAAGUAUAAUUUAAGUUCAUACAUAAUAAAACAAAUUCGUAGCAAUACUGGCUGUGGUUUUUAUUUUAUUUAUUUAUUUGGGGGGGGGGGGGAAAAUAUUUAGAUAAUUAAGGGCCAAAAUGUAAAAAGUUACCACUAAUGUUUUUGCACAUACGUGAAAACACUGUAAAGCAUAAGCUGUGGCUAAAGAUCAUUUUCCUUAUUUUAUGUAAAUGUAAUUUAAGUUGAAAUGUAAACAGCCACAGUUUUAAAUAAGGAGGUCACCGCAUCUGCUGGACUGUUUAAAAUUCCUGGUCUUGUCCCUGACGUGCCUGAGCGCUGCCGUCCUGCUGGAAUAUGAAACACCUCUGUGGUAACGUAUCAAAUUAAAGGGAGGGGUCUUGCUGUUGUAGUCCAGGUGUAUUUCGUGUCUAAUCUGUCACAGCUGUAGGAUCGGCAGGGCGUUCAUACUGUAUCGCUCAGUGCAGUGUAUCUGUUACUGGUUAAAAGUUGUUGUGGACCAUAAAUAAAUCAUCAAAGCAA